CAGACCGAGAUAGAGACAGGUGGAAAAGGAAAUGUGUAUGUGACUGAUGUGGAAUAAUUAACUAGCCUUGUCGACAUGGUAUUAAUAAAAGAAAACACAUAAGAGAAUUUAAACUAUGGUAACUAGAUUAAGAGUUUGAGAAAUUUGAUCCGGGUUCAGUACCUGUGUGCAGCAGUCUGUUAUGGGCACUUGUUUAAAUAUGUGUAUACCUUUAAAUAGCCAUGUAAUAAAUUUGAUCACAAGUAGACCACAAUUUUAUCAGCACUAUCCCUUUUUUUUCCCCCUUUCCAUUCACAGAAUUGUAAAUUACAAUUAAGCUUAUCAGCAUUUUUCCCUGGUGAUAUUUUUUGUUCAUUCAGAUAAUGGUGGUGGUUAGGGCAGUGAUCCGUGUUGAUCACACAAUAUAAUGUAUUUACUUUACUGUAUUUAAUUUUCCAUGACUGAUGGGGAACCAUGGCUGUGUUAACAUCCUUUUAGAUAAUUUGCUGAAGCUCGUGUCCUAUUACACUGGCCGCUGAUGCUUGUUUGUCUUUGGUUUUUCGCUGUUUAAUAAGUAAACAUUAUCCCAUGUAUGAAUGUGACAAUUUUGCAUUGAGAUACACAAAUAGUUUUUGCAUGUCACAAUUUUUGUUUUUGAUGUAUGUGUUUGACAGGUGGUUGUAAGUUUACACUUAAUUUACACUUAACUAAGUCUUUUAUACCAACACAAAAAUACACCCCUCUUAAAAAAAGUCAGUGUUUGUAUACUGUGACAUGUUGUGACACCCCUGAGUGAAUAUUUACAAAAUAAUCAACAAAAGAAAAUAUUUCUAUCACAUUUCUGAGGAUGAAAUAGUUUAUAUUCACCUUGUCAUUUAAAGCUUGGUAUGAACCAAUUCGACACUGUGUUCUAUCAGGUAGAAAAUUAAUUUUUCAUAUACAUUUUAUAAAAAAUUUAUUUGCACUCAUUUGUGGUUUUUAAUGAUCGAUUUAACAGGGAAAGAUUAUAUUCACCAGGUCAGUCAUAGCUCAGUAUAUCCAAGAUAUUUUGAAUGCAUCAAAUGAAGUACGGUAGGAUUUUGCUGUGUUUAUGUAGGAUUUUCUAUAAUUUGAUCUAAUAACAAUGUAAAUUGGUCAUUAAUACAUGAGAUGCACCAAUGAAAAGAAAAUUUUUGAAGAAUUAAAAUUUUUGAAUAAUGUUUUUCACAGAAAAUUUUUGUGGUAAAUAUUGGUUUUUAGCAAUAUUAAAUCAUUUACAAAUAGUUUUACAAAGUUCUAUAACAAUUUGAGAUGGGGGGGGGGGGGGGGGGGGGUUACUAUGUCAUGUGUUUUAUCUGAUGAAAAAUAAAUUUUUCUUGAAGUUAACACUUUAAAAAAAUUUGCUCUCAUUUGUAGUUUUUAAUGAUUGAUUUAAGUGCACAUAAACUAUGAGCUGUGACAAAUAUGGAAUUUUAAAUACUGAUACUAAGCAGAUAUAUGGAAAGAGUUUUUAAAUGGCAAUUCUGACCCACUAAAUAAAUAUAAUUCUGUUUGGAGAAGUGUUACAUAUUCUUGUAUUGAAACCCAACAAAAGACUUAGUUUUGUGUGUAGAGAAGGCACUCUGGAGGAUCAUUGACACCAGUGAAUUUCUGUGUGCAAUACCAUUAUACCAUGGCAAGAAUUAGUAAUCAUUAGGCCGUACUUCAUAUGAAUCCAUCAGUAAAUUUGGCAUCUUGUUACUGAGGACAUUUUAUGGCAGACUGGAACACUUGCCUUCUGGGAUUCCAAGAUUUCAGCUGGGCUGGAGCUGGAGUGCUAAUUUCAUGGAUAAUAGUCCAUUGUUGACCUACAUGAAUGAGAAGGAAGAAGUUAUUAGUUAUCCGUGGAUAAAUGACUGCUUUUUUGACAGACCAGAGAUGGUUCACAUGAAUGAACAGUAAUGACUGAUUUAUAAAUUGUCCUUCACAAGUCCAGUGACUGAGAAACAAACCUACUGUGCUUUAUUAUCUUUAUAUUGUGUCUGCAAACCAAUGAUUGUAGAUUAGGGAAUUGGUUUUCUGCAUUGUUUUGUAAAUCACUAGAUAGGUCUGACCGUCUGGGAAGGCCCAGCAGUUUAUGGUGCCAUCUUGAUGAUUUUAUGUCGAUAUAUCAGAGAUUCAUUUCCUAAGUGGGCAGGAGAAAGAGAGAAAAGGCUAGCCAUGGUGACAGAAGACAGGCGUGGCUGAGGAGUGUGUGGUUAGUGAAUAUCACCGAGUUAUUCACUGUCAUCAGGAUAUAGAGCCGUGGUCUGGAUAUACCGACACUACAAUCUUAAUAUAAUGUAAUACUUGUUACUGGACUGUGUUAAUACUACCAAGGAUUUUCUUGUUUUAUGUGUCUUUAGGAGAUUGCAAAAGCUGCUUAUGUAAAUUACUGCGAGGGGAGGAAAAAUUGCUUUUUGAGAGGAUGGGCUGUGUUUGUGAGAUAUACAUCAAUAAUUUAUUUUUUAUUGGUGUUGUUUCGGCUGAAGUAAGAUGAAUAGGUUAAACGUCUGCCUGUCUGGGGACGUAGAUAGCAUAGAGAUGUACAUAUUGCCCGACCCCGGUGAGGAGGGGUUGGAUGGAAGUAGCUACAGAUCUACACUAGACACCAAAGCAUACGAAAAUUCCUACCCAACCUCAGACAUGUGCCAGGAUUCAGAGGAUCAGGUAGAUUUCCAGAGGACUGAUGUCAUUACCGGGGUGGCCGGGUAUGUAGAGGGGAGAUAUUCUGAUAGGAAGGGAUCAAGCCGUGAAGAGAAAGUUUCCAGGGAGGACAAGCCUCACGAGGGCGGGGGUGACCACAGAAUGGAGGACCAUGAACCAGCUCAUUGUUCGUACUGUGGAAUUCAUGUUCUGAGAUUUACGACCACCAGUUUCCGAAUACUUAUAAUCCUGGUACUCUCCUCAGCAGCCUUUGUACAGGGAAUGGUGGUAAAUGGUUUUGUGAAUGUUGUGAUCUCAAACAUUGAGCGUCGGUACGAUCUGACGAGUACGGAGACUGGAACUAUCGCCAGCUGUUACGACAUCGCCUCCGUCCUGUGUCUGAUUCCUGUCAGUUACUUCGGAGGUCUGGGAUGUAAACCACGAUAUCUAGGUAUUGGUGUACUGAUAAUGGGUCUCGGGUCCAUCGUCUUCGCGCUACCUCAGUUUACCUCAGGUGUAUACUCCUUCACGGGAGAUGAUGUGACGUACUGCGAUGUUGGGGCCAAUGUCACAGCAUGCACACACAAAGACAGCCUUUCCAACUAUAAAUAUGUCUUCUUCCUCGGGCAGCUUCUACAUGGGGCAGGGGCAGCCCCUCUCUACACGCUGGGAGUCACAUAUCUGGACGAGAAUCUACCCGUCCGAUCAUCUUCUUUUUAUAUAGGUAUAUAUUACGCAUUUGCCAUUGUGGGGCCAGCGAUUGGGUACCUUGCUGGGGGAGCAUUCCUUAAUAUCUAUGUAGAUGUUGACAAAUUGGACACAGCAAGCCUGACCCCCAGUAGUCCGCGGUGGGUGGGGGCGUGGUGGAUCGGAUUCCUUUUGAGUGGUGUCCUAGCAUUCUUAGUAGCCUUCCCUAUGUGUGGAUUUCCCACCAAGCUACCAGGGUCAGAAAAUUACAAAAAGGAGAGGGAGAAAGAGGUGUACCACAGGAAAGGGGACACAACUCCAGAAUCGUCUUCUGACGAGCACCUGUGUAACAUCCAACACAUCCUGCAGUCUGUCAAGACACUUGUCACAAAUCCUACCUUCAUGUUCCUCAAUCUGGCAGCAGCCUGCGAAGGCAACCUUUUGGCUGGUUUUGCUACUUUUGCACCAAAGUUCAUUGAGGCCCAGUUUAGCUUACAGGCAUCAGAUGCUGCUCAGUAUGUAGGUUAUGCAGCGAUACCGGCAGGUGGAGGGGGAACCUUUCUCGGAGGAUACCUGGUCAAGCGAUUUAAUCUGGGGGUGCGUGGAAUUAUCCGGUUCUGUCUGGCUCUCAGUAUCCCAUGUUUCCUGUGUGUGCUCAUCUUCCUCGUCAACUGUGAAAACGUCUUGUUUGCUGGUGUAAAUAUUGACUAUGGACAGUUAGCCAGCAAUGGUACCAGGAAAUUCCAGGGUAAAUUUACAACCAGCAGCUGCAAUGUUAAUUGUGGGUGUACCCUCGAGGAUUAUAACCCAGUGUGUGGGAUUGACGGGAUAAUGUACUACUCGCCCUGUUAUGCUGGCUGCACCAACUCGGUUCCCAAUACAGAUCCUGUUCAAUAUGGGAACUGUAGUUGUAUUGGCUACGACACCAAUACCUACCCUGCCUACAUGGCUGUCACCGGAAAGUGUGAGAGUUCAUGCUCAAUGCUGCCCCUCUUCAUGGCCAUUUUCUUUUUCAUCAUGCUGCUCACGUUUACCAUCAGUAUGCCAGCCCUGUCCGCCACACUCAGGUGCGUUCCUCAGCAUGAGAGCUCCUUUGCUCUAGGAAUACAGUGGAUAAUUGCUAGGUGUUUAGGUUCCAUUCCUGGUCCGAUCCUGUUUGGGAAGAUGAUAGACUUGACAUGUCUUUUGUGGCAGAUAAAGUGUGAUGACAACGAGGGCUCAUGUUUCUUCUACAAUAACAAAAACAUGAGCUACAACCUGAUGGGGAUUGCCCUGGCAGGGAAAUUUCUAUCCAUCCUCUUCUUCAGCCUCUCCCUGGCCGUCUAUAAAGCGCCCCCUAAGGAGGUGGAAAAGGAGAAUCAGUCAAAAGACUUGGACGCUAUAGAGAACAAAAUGAAUGGUGGAAUUGGGAUAGGAAACAACGCAAGCACUAACACGUCAACAACGUCCAUAAAUAAUGGCACGACGCAGGCCGACGUAAACAAAAACAAUACAAAGACAAACGCAACACAAUCAACCAACUUAUAGCAAAAGCGUGCAAUCAGAAAAGUUCUGUGAUCUUACAGCCAUGUAUUACAAACUGUUGUUAUUUAUUAUGUGUUGAUUAGGGCAUAGGAAGUUUGAACUUGUGAAUCUGGGUGCUCAGACAUACACGCCUUUGCUGACCAGUCCCCCUGCAUAUUUCACAAAAUGAUUAGAAUGUUGCAUUGAUUAAUGAUCUGAACAUUUAACAAUUUGGUGAUUCUGCAUUAUAUUCAUGUAUUGAUUUUAAAAUUGGGAAACUGCAUGAAAUACGUAAUAUUUUUUCUCAAAUGAAAUGUAGGAUUUUAUUUGUUGGAAAAAUUUGAUAAUGAUGGAUUUAUUUUAGUUCGCCAUAAUGCAUAGUGUUUUCUUUGUUGUAUAUACUAGACAUGUAGAGGAAACUUGAUGGAUAGUAACAUCUGCACAUCUUGUGUGGUGCGUUUCUCUGAACGUGUUACGAGUUCUCGUUUACUUGGAUGAAAUGUUUUGAAUGACCUGAAGUAUGUUAAUCCGUUUAUUGGGCAGUUUUGUCAUUUCCUAUUUAUGUGCUCAUGUUUUCAGGAUCAGGGAUCUCCGACGCAUGUGUUUACAUUUCCAGAGGAUAACGCAUUCAUUAACUCUUUUUUUGUCACCUGAGAAUUAUAGUGACACAUAGGAAUGAGUCUGUUGUGUCUGUCUGUCACACCCCAGAACUUUGUAAGAGAUGGGAUAUUUAAUGUUUAUUAUUUGUGUGAGAGUCGUUUAAUAUAUAUCAUGAUCUACACGAAACAUCUGAUCCAUGGAACCAUGUAGUUUAGCUCACCUGAGCAGCUUUUUAAAAUGGGUUUAAAAUUUUCAUAUAGUAGUACAUGUCCAUAUGAAAUUUUUCAAAAAUAUUUUUCAAAUGGGUACAAUUUGCCAAAUUAGGAUUCGUGGUUCACAUGACGACUGCUGGGUUCAGAGCGUGGUUGCAGAAGGAUUCAAUGUUUGACAUAGCAAUGAAUAUGUAGGAAAAUUCUUUAAUACUGAAAAAUCAUCUCGACAUGAACCAUAAUGAUACAUGUCAAAUUGAUGUGCAAGCAUCCUCAUUCAAUACAAGUGUACCAUCACAGUAGGGAUAAAAAUGGGGCUGCUAGAGGGCUUAAAUUUCCACAUGGGAGUAUAGGAUAUUUUUGUAAAGAAAAUCAUCUCCAAGAACUGCACGGGUACAAUGCAUCAGAUUGAUAUGCAAAAGUCCUUAUGUAGUGGAGAUUCAAGUUUGUUCAUGUCACAGGGGCUGUAACAGGAAUUUAAAAAUCACAAGGGUCAAAAGUGGAAUUUAAACUGCUCAGGUGAGCAAUAUGGACUAUGGGCCUCUUGUUAAAGAAAAUAUCCUCUUACUUGUGACUACGUUCAUAAAUCUUGAAGGCAGCUACCAGCAGUCAUUUUUUCUUCUUCUGCAAACUCAGAAAAUUUAAGUGCCCUGUGACUUUCAACAAAGCAACAGACUCAAGGUCAUCAUAUUUUUGUAGGACACCUUUUAACAUUCCUUUGUUGGUGUCAUUUUCAAACAGUGUACAGAAAUUUUCUGAGUAUGUUUAACAUUAGUGUAUGUGGACCAUUUCUGUGUUGUUCAGAAGAAAUUACUAAUAUAGAGCUGUAUAUUUUCAUAGAAACUGUUACAGUUUGAAUAAAUGUAUAUCCUUUUUUUUAAUAUGCAUGUAGAUACCAGUUAUUUUGAUAAUAGUAGAAUGAUUGUGAUGUAAAUGUACUUAGGUUUUCAUCAUUGAGACAAGAUUACAUAUCACAGAACCAAAGACUUUUCAUAUUCUGACAAAUACUAUUUUCGGGUACACCUGAAGGUGCAUGUAAUAAUACAGCCAUAUGAUGUCUUGCAAAAGCUCAUCCAAAUGUUUAAUGGUGCUAUUGAUAUAACAUAUCAUUUCUAUGUCUCAUUUUACUGUAGAAGUUGGACAUGAUUACAUCAGUGAUAUAUAUAGAUAUACGAUAUUGACGCCAUCGUCUUCCUCGUCACCCAAUAGGUCAGUAACAAUUUAGGCUCGUCUUCCGUUUCCCUUUUGGGUCUUUUAAGACAUUAAAAUGUCUGUUAAUUAUCUCGCAGUAUUUGAAAUGUUUGUUCAGGAUAUGCAAGUUUGAUUUAGUUUUUAAGUGUGAAUUUUAGUCAAGUGACUUGUGCUAAAGUUUGGGUUAAAAUGAUAAACUAGAUGUUAAAAUUUGAUCCAAUAUGUAUACAGGUUCAUAGUACGCAGUUACCUUUGACAUGAAACAUUAAGUUUGAACUCCAGUUUUGUGUGUUUUUAUGUGGUUGGCUAAAUACCAUGCAUAUCAAAAAUUGUUUGUACAAAUCAUUUUCAUUCAUGCAAAUCCAGCAAUUUGUUUUUUCUCAUUUAUUUUAUAGUUUGUUUGUUGCAUAAAUGCUUGUUGAGAUUAAACUGAAUAAAAUAGAUGGACAUACA